UUUAUUUUCUAGCCAAAGUUGUAGUUUUCUUGUAGCUAACAUGAGCUCGGAGAAGAAAGAGGAACGCCGCGAAGAAGAUAACGGUGACGGGCACACAGAGAAGUCGUCAAUGGAAGUUGUACGUACCGUGACGGAGGAAGAGGUGGAUGAGUUUUUCAAGAUAUUACGGAGAGUACACGUGGCGACUCGGACGUUAACGAGAGCUAACGGCGGUAUGGUCGAACGAGAGUUAACGUCUAAGAAGAGGAAACGGAGUCAGAGGGUUGGAAUGAGGAGCUCAAUGGAUACUAACGGCGUUCGAGACGGAGAGUUAGAUGGGAUAGAUCGGGUCGGGUUACGUAAUUCGGGUUUGGAUCUUAACUGUAAACCGGAACCCGACGCAGUUAGUUUGUAAUCCUUCAUUUUUUUUUUUUCCUACUUCUCCUAAUAAUCAAUUUUUAAUAUAAAUAAAUUUCUUUUAAAUGGUUUCAAAGGUAGUAUUAAAAUUCUAUCCGAACUGAAAUUAUGCAGUUUGAUCGUUCAUUAAUGUUCUACAAUUAGUAGUUAUGUAGAUAAUGAUGAAUCAUAGACUCA